GAAGCGGAUAAAUAUAUUACUGCGCAAGUCAAGCUUUUACUAUCAUUUAUGAAUGGAAUGCUCAAUAGUACGCACUAUUUUACCAGAAACCACAAACGGUGCAAUGGAAACUCUAUCUUUUAGUGAUUUUAAGCAGAUGUUCGUCGAAAACAAAUUCAACAAAUCGUUGCGUCUUCUUAUUCUUGACUCGAGGCCGUAUAUUUCCUACAAUGAUGGCCAUAUUGUUGGUGCUAAAAACAUGUACUGCCCUCCCAUCUCUAAAAGAAGAUUUGCAAAUGGAGGAAAACUUCACCUAGAGAAAAUGUUAGAUAGCGAAACCAGACAUAGACUGACGUCUGGCGGUUAUUCAGAUAUCGUUAUUUAUGGAGAAAACGAAGAAGAGCUCCUCCACUCAGAUAGCAAUGUUAACAUCGUCUGCCAUUCCAUACAGCAACUGGGAUUUGGGGGCAUAUGUCAGCUUUUGAAAGGCGGAUUUGCCCAGUUUGCUCAGAGAUUCCCCCAGUUCUGUACGUCAGCUGACGAUAACUCGAUAAACAGCUACCCACCAGAACCCACCGCCCAGGAAAAAUCUCAGAGGCAGGCACUGUUCAGAACCAAUUCCACUCUGACGGAUCCGGUGGAGAUUUUCCCCCAUCUGUACAUCGGGAACGCCCUUUCCGCUGCCAGCAUGUCGGAACUUCAGCGACUGGGAAUCACCGCCAUAUUGAACGUCUCUUCCACGUGUAAAAACCAUUUCACGACGCAUUUUGUCUACAAAAACAUUCCUGUCGACGACAACCACAGUACAGAACUCUCCGAAUGGUUUACAGACACCAAUUCCUUCAUUGAUGAAGUGAAAGGUGCGGGCGGGAGAACUUUGGUCCAUUGUCAUGCUGGAGUCAGUCGAUCAGCAACAAUCUGUAUUGCUUACGUCAUGUACAGCCGAAACUUUUCAUUGGAUGCAGCUUUUGAAUUCGUCAAAUCCCGUCGGAGCGAGAUUUCGCCAAAUGCAGGUUUUAUGCACCAAUUACUGGAAUUCGAAAAAGAACUGGAGCAAAAGAAUCGUCAUAGCUCCCCUCUAACGCCCCCUAGCUCGCCUCCAUGUCGAUUUUUCUCUGUAUCUUCCAGUUUUUGUAGUUCUAUGGAUACGAGUGUUUCCUCGCCAUUUACCACGCCAUUUUCAUCGCCAACAGCUCUUUCUAGCCCAAUGGUAGCAUUUACCUGAGAGAUGAAGUGAGAAAUUCUUGGAAAUGUCUACACCUCCCCAAGUGGUGAUGCGAUUUUGCGAACACUUUCUGGACAAGUCGACUACUCUUGUUGAAGAUUUGGGUCUUAUGGUUGUGCUGAUGGCGAAACUCUGCGUUUAAAUUGCAUGCCGAUGUUAGCGGUACAGCCGACGACAGUCAACUUAUGUCGAAUUACAAAGACUCAAGGGAGCAAAAUCUGAAAAGAGUUCGAAUUUUUACUCUUUGUUUUCAGACAAUCGAACUUUUCUCCAUUACAUAUAUGCACUGUACUUGAUUAUGUUUAAUUUACAGCGACAUGAUUUUUCUUUCUUUGUGCAUGUCUUAUGUUACUUUUAUGUAUAAUUAGUUCAUUCAUAUUGUUACUGUAAAUAUGGGGUUUUUUGUACAGUAUACGAGCAUAUACCAAAAAUUGUCUGAUUGAAAUACAACUGUGAUAAAACACUUUGUUAUGAAAUGAUUAAAAAAUUGAAACGAAA